GUCAUAAGUUUUAUUUAAACAGUAACUUGUACUGGUUGAUCAGUUUCUAAAUUAUUGUCCCUCAUAUAGAACCAAAAUUUCGAGUAGCGCUGAGCGUCCUUAUUUAUUUCGCAAAUUUUAUAACUUGUAACUUUUGGCCCCAAAAACGGAAACGUAUAUACAAAAUUUACUUUGUUUUCAUUUUGCCAGUUUGGGCCAAAUCGAUUAAAGGAAGCCAUAAAAUAAGGAUGCCAAUAUUCUCGAAGAAUUUACCAUCGUUGCGCCAGGUAACCGCGUGCAGCACUCGCCGGACCAUCGGCACGGGAUCCAGCUUGGAGAAGGCGGUCCUACUGACCAGCUCAUCCUUAACUAAUCACACCAAUCCCAACCGCAAGGACUGGCCAGCGCGCGAGGAGUCCUUCGCCGCCUAUCAGCUACUCCGCCAGAAUCAAUUGAAGCGCACCUGGAGUAGCCGCGCCUCCUCCCGCCUCGAGUCUCACAACAUGUUUCGCAGUGUCUCCCGGAUGGACCACGCUGCCCCGCGCCGGAUGCCGGGUAUGACCACCCAAGCCCAGGCGAGGUCACGGAUCGCAAACGAUCAUUACUCGCGACACAUUGCUGACGGGGAUGGGGCAUCGGGUGACAGGAAGGAGGAGAUAAUGGAGCACCCACAGGAAAGGUUUCGAAACACCGUCGACAGGAUGGACUUCGAAGAUGACCAAAAGGAGGAGGAUGUGACCUUUCGCACGGUGAGGGAGACCGUGUUCGGUCCGCCCGAGACCAACGAGGAGGACGAGAAGGAGCGGUCUCGGGCCGAUAACGACCUCCUCAAACGAGUAACCUCUGCACGGCCAGAACCUGCCCAACCGUCCAUCUCCAAGAAGGUGAUCUCGCCGUACAACUCAUAUCGCAACCAUCGCACCCGCUGGGCGGAGUUCAGGCACGGCAUGAUCUACGGACGAUCCUCAUACUAGGCCACGAUGAGAUCCAAAUUAAAUAUUCAGUUUCAAGAAUAACCAUUUUUACGUUUACGUUUCGAAAUUUGGUAUUGUAUGGGACUACAAAAUUCUCCAUAAAAAAGUACAAUAUAAUAUUUAAUUAAAAC